AUGGGAGAAUUUAUUGUGAGGAUGAAGCAGAAUAUACUAUUUUUAUUUCUGCAACCAUUAUAAUUUUAUCACUGUUUGGUGUUUAUUAAUAUAUCUAAAAUAAAAAACCAUUAGGAAUUAAGCAAAUUGAAAAGUACAAAAAGGAAAAAAAUUUAAUUUAAAAAUUAGAGUAUGCGUAUGAUCUAAUUGAGUUAUAAAGAGAUUUUUCUUUAGAAGAAUUAAAGUAGUUAGAAGAUGAGUUAAAUGAAAACGAUUUUCUUUUGCUCUCAAUUAUUCAAUCUUAGAUAGCAGCAACAUUAUUAUCAUAGCCAGAAACAGGAAGAUAAAUCAAAGAAAGGUUGA